CCCGAGGAGCAAGCCAAAGAUAAACACGUAGCCAGACAAAUAGGGGCAAGUAUAAUAAAUACUAUAGAGAGGUUACGGUGAAACGCUCGAUAUGGAGUAGCUGUUAAGAAUAUAGUGAGUUAAGCAGGCAAGGAGACAUCCGUAAAGUUAACCAAGGACCACGUCUUCCGCAGACAUCGAGUCGUAUCUGUAGCUGAGUCCAAAAUGGUACGAGCAGCCUUUGUGACUGCUACCAGUCUGGCAUUGACUGGGGCAGUGGUGGCACAUGCUUACCUCCUCAAACACCAGUUCUACCCGACUGUGGUCUACCUCACCAAGAGCAGCCCCAGCAUGGCGGUGUUGUACAUUCAGGCCUUUGUGUUGGUGUUUCUGCUGGGAAAGUUCAUGAGGAAGGUCUUUUUUGGACAGCUAAGGGCUGCAGAAAUGGAGCAUCUCAUUGAGCGCUCCUGGUACGCGGUGACCGAGACGUGCCUGGCUUUCACUGUGUUCAGGGAUGACUUCUCCCCCCGCUUUGUUGCCCUCUUCACCCUCCUGCUCUUCCUUAAGUGCUUCCACUGGCUGGCUGAGGACCGGGUGGACUUUAUGGAACGGAGUCCAAACAUAUCUUGGCUUUUUCACUUUAGAGUAUUAUCUCUCAUGGGACUGUUGGGUGUCCUGGACUUCCUGUUUGUCAACCAUGCCUGUCACAGCAUCAUUACCCGAGGAGCCUCAGUGCAGCUAGUUUUUGGAUUUGAGUAUGCCAUCCUGCUGACCAUGGUGCUGACGACCUUCAUAAAAUACCUUCUGCACACGAUUGACCUGCAGAGUGAGAAUCCUUGGGACAACAAGGCGGUCUAUAUGCUCUAUACUGAGCUCUUCACAGGUUUCAUCAAAGUGCUCCUGUACAUUGCCUUCAUGACCAUCAUGAUUAAGGUCCACACCUUCCCCCUGUUUGCCAUUCGGCCAAUGUAUCUGGCUAUGAGGCAGUUCAAGAAAGCUGUAACAGAUGCUAUAAUGUCUCGGAGAGCCAUCCGCAACAUGAAUACACUAUACCCUGAUGCUACUCCUGAAGAUCUGCAAGCCUCUGACAAUGUCUGUAUCAUCUGUCGAGAGGAAAUGGUCACUGGAGCCAAGAAACUGCCUUGUAAUCACAUUUUUCACUCCAGCUGCUUGCGCUCCUGGUUCCAGAGGCAGCAGACCUGCCCUACCUGUCGCAUGGACGUCCUCCGCGCAUCUAAUAACAAUCAGACUCCAGCGCCGGCCCAGGCCCCACCCGCUGCCCCUGCUGCCCCCGCUAACGCCCCCGCAGCCCCACCUGCCAACGUGGCACCUGGCAUGUUACCUGGCUUUCCUCCUGGCAUCUUCCCCUUCUGGGGUCCCUUUCCUGCAGUGCCUCCUCCUCCUCCUCCUCCUGCUGCAGCAGCUGCAGCACCCGGUGCCACCGAUGCACCACAAAGCAGCACAGAGGCUACACAGGCAGCUGGUACCAGCCAGCCCACCUCUUCCACUGCAGACACCACAGCAGCUGCUGAUGCUCCAGGAUCAGCAAUUCCAGGCUUCCCCUUCUCCUUCCCCCCUCCUCCCUUCCCCACUGCACCAUGGCUGCCCAUGCCACCACCUCCUCCCUUCAUGUCAUCAAUGCCUCCUCCUCCUCCGUCUCUGUCGCGGCUGUCAGAGGAGGAGCUGAGGGAGCUGGAGGCAGAAGGCCGACGGGGCCUUGAGGCCAGGCUCCAGUGUCUUCAGAACAUCCACACCCUGCUAGACGCCGCCAUGCUCAACAUCCACCACUACCUCAGCACCGUCGCCACACUCACUCCUCCUCGGGCUGAGGGCAGCACUGGAGGAGCCAGCGGGACAAACCACGCUGCUUCAUCUCCUGCAGCAGGCGGUAGCACAGGCAGUGCCAGCCAGGAGAAGGACUCUCCCACCUCUGAGCAGGUGGACGGAGCUACAGUCUCCUCCCAGCCAGCUGACUCUACUUCUGCCGCCUCGGACACAGAAAGACAUGAAACGAUGGACGAAGGCGUGGUGGUGCUGGGGGAGGACGGAGAGCCCAACGCUGCUGAGCUGAGGCGGCGCCGCCUUCGUAAGCUAGAGACGGCAGCAGCAGCAUCAUCAUCAUCAUCAUCAUCAUCAUCAUCUCCCCCCCCUCCAGACAACUGAUCCAGGUGUUCUGACUCAGACAUAUUGCUCUGGACCAACAGGAACUCUGAGCUGAUUGGUCGUUGCUUUGGUUCCUCAUUGCCUCUCUUCCUCGUGGCUCUCGCCUUCCACAGGCUCAGGUUCCUAACUGUGUCGAGUUGGACUCAGGCUACCAGGGGAUGAUCUUUACCGCUUAUCUGGACUGCUGCUGUGUCAGAAAGCAAUAGCACGACUUUUUUUUUUUUUUUCUUUUGCCUCCCCACUCCCCCUAGAAUGACUACUGCAAUAAGAGUACUGCAGGUGUUUGUAAGUUAAUCAGGUGGAAGAAUUCUCAUUUCAAACCUACUUAUUCAGUCAGUGUGCGAGAGACGGCGUUUAGAUUUGUGUUUGGUAGUUUUACUGUCAGUGAGGUCUUUGCCUGCACUUCAAUUUUUGUUUCAUUCAGCUUUCUUCAGAAUGAAGGUGGUCCCAUUCGUCACACCACAUCAACACACAGCACCUGGAUCAGUGACAGAUUCAAAUCAAUGGAAGUCAGUCAACUCCUCUGGCUCUGGCUUUGUUGUUCUUUUACAUUCAUCACUGUUCUGUUGCCACUGUAGACGUUGUAACAUACUGAUUUAUUUGAAUGUGUACAUACUGUAUAAAGAGUUUUAAUAGGAUGAUCUGUACAUAAUGCAGAAUAAACUGUCCGACUGGAAUGGCAGCGGCACAACUCGUAUGUUGGUUUGUGUGUUCACAAACUGAUGCCAUAGAGGUGGGCCUGGGGGUCAGGAUCCUCCGAAGGGUCUCAUUGUGAAUGAGUGGUCAUGAGAUGAUUAAAGGAAAAGUUACAUCUGU